AUAUGAGUUUGACAGUUGAGAUGCAGCAAAAAUAACUAAAUAAGCAGAGCUUAAAAGUGCCCCCUCCUCUUUCUACCGCUAAAAUUAUUUCAUACACAAUUCCGUAUGUAUUCUAGAGAGAGAAACAUCUAACCCCAUUCCUCUCUCUCUUUCUCUCUCUCUAGAACCCAUCCUCCCUCCAAUCGGCUCAAAUUUCUCAGAUUUGGAGUGGGGAUCUAGUGUUACUGGAAUUUGUGUGAUUCAUUAGGUAAUUGAUUAGGAAAAACUCCUGGAGAUUUUUUUGGUGAGAAAGAAAAACAUGUGAAUACGUUAAUGCUUUGAUCAGAGAUUUCUUAGGGAAGCUUAGGAUUGCAAUUUUGAUUUUGAACUGGGUUUUGGGAAAAAGGCAGUGAAAGAAUUUUAAUUUGUCUUGGCAAUUUGGAAAGGAAUACGUUUGAAAAUUAGGGAAACCAAAAGGGAAAAUGGAACAUUGGUAUAAUUAUGCACAUAGUCCAGCCCAUUUGGCCGUGGCGAGACAAGAUCAUCCUGCUUUAAGGGAGAUAGUUGCAGCAUUGCCUAGGCUUGCCAAGGCUGGGGAGGUGAAUACCGAGGCGGAGUCUGUGGCAGCUGAGAAUGAUGCUGAUGCUGUGUCUGCUGUGAUUGAUAGGCGAGAUGUCCCGGGGCGUGAGACGCCUUUGCACCUUGCGGUUAAGUUAAAUGAUGCAAUAUCAGCUGAGAUUUUGAUGGUAGCUGGUGCUGAUUGGAGUCUUCAGAAUGAGAAUGGAUGGAGUGCACUUCAGGAGGCAGUGUGUUUGAGGGAGGAGAAUAUAGCUAAGAUUAUCGUGAGGCAUUACCAGCCUCUUGCUUGGGCGAAGUGGUGCCGUAGGCUUCCUAGGAUUGUGGCUUCAGCAUCCCGGCUUCGUGAUUUUUACAUGGAGAUAACGUUUCAUUUUGAAAGCUCAGUUAUACCGUUUAUUAGCAAAAUUGCACCAUCAGAUACCUAUCGCAUCUGGAAGCGGGGUUCUAGUCUCCGCACAGAUAUGACCCUUGCAGGAUUCGAUGGGUUUCACAUUCAACGGGCAGAUCAAACAUUUCUCUUCCUUGGAGAGGGGUCUUAUUCAGAUGACGGCAAUACUAAUUUACCCCCUGGAUCAUUGAUAGUGCUUGCUCAUAAGGAGAAAGAAGUAACAAAUGCUUUAGAGGGGGCUGGUGCGCAACCAACUGAAGCAGAAAUUGCCCGUGAAGUGGCCUUGAUGUCGAAAACAAAUAUGUACAGGCCUGGCAUAGAUGUUACUCAGGCUGAACUUGUCCCCCAUUUGAAUUGGAGGCGACAUGAAAAGACUGAGAUGGUUGGCCCUUGGAAGGCUAAGAUUUAUGAUAUGCUUCGUGUGAUGGUUAGUGUGAAGUCAAGACGGGUUCCUGGUGCAAUGACAGAUGAAGAGCUCUUUACCGCGAAUGAUGAUGAUAGGAUACCAAAUGGUGGUGAAGAUGCUGAGUAUGUUGAUGUAUUAACACCUGAGGAAAGAAUGCAAUUACAAUCUGCCCUUCAGGGCAAUACAGAAGAAUAUAGUGAGUUUGAGGAACCAGAUGGUAAGGAUUGUAAUGAACAGUGUGAAGGUGUUUCCUUUGAGUGUCAUGAAUCCAAUGGCAUGGCUAAAGAAAAGAAACGUUGGUUUGGUCGGAAUAAGAAAAAUUCAAAGCAAACUGUAAAUGAUCCUGAAGGUUCGAAGAGUGUUAGUAAAUCCUCAAAACUGGCUACUGAAGAUGGCAAAAAGAUGUCCAUUCAUAGUCAUAAAUCUUCAUUAGGUUUACCCAAGGAUGAUAUGGGAGGUGACAAAAAGAGCAAAGAUAAAAGCAGCAAAAAGAAGAAAAAAGGCUCAUCAAGUGAAUCUAAGAAUGAAAGUGAGUAUAAAAAGGGGUUUAGGCCUGUUCUGUGGUUGACACCUGAUUUCCCAUUGAAAACAGAAGAACUACUACCAUUACUUGAUAUUUUAGCCAACAAGGUUAAAGCCAUUAGAAGAGUUAGGGAGCUAUUAACCACGAAGCUGCCUCCUGGCACAUUUCCUGUCAAGAUUGCUGUCCCAGUUGUACCGACCAUUCGAGUUAUUGUUACCUUUACAAAGUUUGAGGAGCUUCCGCCUUUAGAAGAAGAGUUUUCAACCCCACCCUCAAGCCCUACACAUUUCCAAGAUGCUAAAUCUACAGAUUUCGAGAGUUCCACUUCAUGGAAUACAUGGCUUAGAGGAAAUCAGGGUGAGCAAUCUGGUGAAAGUGAAAGCGAAAGCUUUCAAAAUGAGUUUGACCCAUUCCAAAUACCAUCUGAUUAUGCCUGGGUUGAUGCCAAAGAAAAGAAACGAAGGAGGAAAGCUGCUAAGAGAGCGAAGCUCAAGAAACAAAGAAAACAGACUGCCACUAGGCAUCCCGAUGGAGGAGGAGGGCAUAAAACAAGAGAGAAGGCUGAAAGCUAGGUGAACAGAAAAACUUGCUGUUACUCGUAGCAGGAAGAGAGGUAAAUGGCGUUUCUUACACAUCUAAUCUAAUUUCAUCUGCUAAGUCUUGUUGAUCUCAAAGAUGUUUCACUAUAUUUCCCCUUGCUCUAUUGAUACUUCUAAUGAAUAGAAGAGCCUCUUAAAGUAAAUAAACACGGAAUUUUUGCUGGAGCAUCCCAGUCAUUUGUACUUUUUUGGUGGAAGCUUAUGCAGUUGAUGAAUACUUAAAACACAAUACAAGUAAUAUGCAAUUGUUGUAAUCCAUUACAAUACAUACCUCUCUCUGCUCAGUGCUUCCUGUAAAUACUAAAAAGCAAUGUUUCAAUUG